GAUAAACGAUUCCGUUUUGUUAUUUUCUUAAAUGGAUCCAUAAUGUCAUUAAAGUGGCCCAUAUAAGGCCCAAUAAUACAAGGCGGCGAUGCAGAAAGAUCUCGAACGAACAAAAGCGCCAAAAGCAUCCUAGACGCGACUGAGAAAAUAAAUAUAGAAGAAAGCCUCUCUGCUCGUUUUGCGUUUCCGAGCAACAAUGUCGGUAACUUUGCACACGAACCUGGGUGACAUCAAGUGCGAAAUCUUCUGUGACGAGGUUCCCAAGAGUGCUGAGAACUUUUUGGCGUUGUGUGCUAGUGGCUACUACGAUGGUACUAUCUUUCAUAGAAAUAUCAAAGGGUUCAUGAUUCAAGGAGGAGACCCCAAGGGGACCGGAAAAGGAGGAACUAGCAUCUGGGGCAAGAAAUUCAAUGAUGAGAUCCGAGACUCCCUUAAGCACAAUGCAAGAGGGAUGCUGUCAAUGGCAAACAGCGGUCCAAACACCAACGGAAGCCAGUUCUUCAUAACCUAUGCAAAACAACCACAUCUCAAUGGAUUAUACACCAUCUUUGGCAAAGUCAUUCAUGGCUUCGAAGUGCUUGACAUUAUGGAAAAGACUCAAACAGGACCAGGAGAUAGGCCGCUUGCUGAGAUAAGGCUAAACCGUGUGACGAUCCACGCCAAUCCACUUGCUGGUUAAGUCUAAUGUGGCAGAACCGAGCCAAGCCAAAAGUGUUGUUCUCUUUAUUUGUUUCGAUAGAGCUGACAUGUACACUCAGAAACUGAACUAAGACCACUGUUUCACCCAAUUAAAAAGUUUGUACUGGAGGAUUUACCAAUUACUGUCUUCAAAGGUGUUUUGUAUUAUUUAAAGACAAAAAUAAUUUUUUUUGCCCAA